AUGUCGGACGUAGAAGAGACCAACGUUCCCGAGGUGUCGGAGGAGGUUGAGGUGUCGGCCGAUGCCUCCAAGGGCCAGAUGUCGGUUCUGGAUGCGCUCAAGGGCGUCCUGAAGCUGUCUCUGAUGCACGACGGUCUGGCCCGCGGCCUCCGCGAGGCUUCCAAGGCCCUCGACCGGCGGCAGGCCCACAUGUGCGUGCUCAAUGAGUCGUGCGAGGAGGAGGCCUACAAGAAGCUCGUCAUCGCCCUCUGCUCGGAGCACAAGAUCCCGCUCAUCAAGGUCCCCGACGGCAAGCAGCUCGGCGAGUGGGCCGGUCUCUGCGUCCUCGACCGCGAGGGCAACGCCCGCAAGGUUGUCAACUGCUCUUGCGUCGUCGUCAAGGACUGGGGUGAGGAGUCGCAGGAGCGCUCCAUCCUCCUCAACUACUUCCAAUCUGAGGCUUAA